UGCACUAUUAUUUCAUAAUUUUCUAUACCGUACCUGCAAACAAUAGUUUUUAGCUAAAAAAAUGAAUUAAGUUCAACAAAUAUGAUUGUGAAAAACAUUUUUAAAUUGUCUCAAGUCAUGGGCAGGCUUCGGCUUGUCCCGAAUCCCAAAGAAUACUGUCAUAUGGCGCCGCUGAACAGGAGCAGUUAUAGCCAACGGUUGGGUUCGGGAUCACGAUCACUGUGUUCCUGUGCUGCAGAUCACCAAGUUGCCUGGACAGCUCCAGCUCCCAGCGCUUCCGGUGGAAUGUUUUGGGCCUUUUCCGCUGCCUUCACUCUUAAUCUUUUUGGUGGAGCCGACGAAAAGGAGGAGACUCCAGAGGACAAGCUGGUGAAGACAAUUAAGAGAUCGAUCCUGUGCAUCCAGCGGGAACAAUACGACAAGGCCGAGCAGAUGCUCCACCUAGCCCUGCGAAUGGCGCAGGAUAUUCAGAGCAAGGACGGCAUCACGUAUGUCUUCGAUCUGAUGGCCAAUUUGGCCAUGGAGCGGGAGCAGUUCAAGAAGGCUGAGAAGAUAUUCACGGACGUAAUGAAGCGCCUCUUCGCCGACGGGCACACGGAAGAAAGUCCCAAGAUACUCCACAUUAGCUCCAAGAUAGCGCACAUGUCCCAGCUGCAGGGUGACUUGGAGAAGAGCUUUCAAGGAUUCACCUGGACGCUUCAACAGUUGGCCAAACUCCUGGAGAAAAUGCCCGACGACAAGGACAUUCUGGAGCUCUAUGGACUCACAAAGAAUUGGUUCGGCCAGUUGCUGAUGAAGCAGGGCAAGUAUCUGGAGGCAAAAAACCUCUUCAAGGAGGCCUUCGACACACUGAUCGACGUUUACGGCGCCGUCAAUGAUGCCUCGGUGACUAUCCUGAACAACAUUAGUGUGGCUUAUGUGAACCUGGAGAAGUACCCCGAGGCCAGAGAGACCCUUGAGCAAGCUAUGGAACUGGCCAAGGAGCUGAAGGACGCCACACAGGAGGGUAUUUUGCAGGCCAACCUCGGUCUAGUGUAUUUGCGCGAAGGCUUGAUGUCGCAAGCGGAGAACGCUUGCCGGCUGGCGUGGAAAUUGGGCAAGCAGCACCAGAAUCCCGAUGCCGUUGAGCAGGCCGAAUAUUGCCUCAACGAGAUAAAGACCACUCUUAAUGGGGAGAAGCGAAAGUGAGGUUUCUUUUUACAAUGUAUUUUUGACUAUUUAUAAAAAUUAAUUUCGAAGUAAAGCUCAAAUUGUAAAGGCUUAA